AAAACUCCCAUUCCCACAAUGCAUCCUGCUACAGUUCCCAUGGUAACUGCUGAGGAUCAGAGUCCCAGGACGUCUGCCGUCCCAGAGUUCCCCACGACGACCACGACUUCUACAACUACAAAACGUACAAGAAAAACUGCUCCGCCACAUUUAUUCAAAAAGAAAACUCCAGCUCCCACAAUGCCUGGGAAAACUCCAACUCCCACAAUGCAUCCUGCUACAGUUCCCGUAGUUAUGAGGACGUCCGCUAUUCCAGCAAUCUUUAACGCCACGUCUUCCCCGAACACGGCACCAGGGGGGCGGGGCCUGGAGACUGACCAGGUGCUCUCUAAGCGGGAGAACAACUCUGUUGACGAGGUCCCGUACCGCAUCGUGGGAUUGGACGGCGGCGGCAGCGGCCAGGGACAGCAGAACUACUUUGUGCCUCGGCGCACCCCGCCGCUCCGCGAGCGAACACAAAACAAACGCAUCCAGCAGCUUCUGAACGAGAAGCGGCGCAGAGAGGGCAGGACGCACGCUGCACGUACGUGAACAUAUACAGCGCUCACUCGUUAUGACGCAUGUGCAGCUUGCUCGCUUCCUGCCGACGCUAACGAGCUCUUAACGAGGAACAGACUGCAACCCCCCCCCCCCCCAUGUUUCCCCAAAUGUUGUUUUCACCUGAAAAAUAAAAUGGUGUAUUUUAUUGGUUGCACUUGUUUCUAUCAUUACAAAAAAUAAUAAAGCAAAAUAAUCAUCUUAAAAUAGAAGAUAUACUGACUCUCGUUUCCCCUCUCAUUCCCCCUGCUCUGGUGUUUCCCCCUCUCAUUCCCC